AUGGCUGAUAAUAUAGUCAGGAAGAAAGUUGGCCUCGCAGAUACAACGCGCCAAAAAGUUUCUCAUAUAGUUACCGAAGAGCGGCGGUACACAAAUGUGGAAGACCACUUGCCAUGCCCACUCUCAAUUUACAAACGAUGCCGCCUUUGUAGCACGAAAGUGAACGACAAGCGUUUAAAAAUAAUGGGCCAAAAGUGCGAAGUACCUCUGUGCAUUGUUCCUUGUUUUUAUGCUUUUCAUCAGAGGCAGCAGCACUAG